GGAUUUACAUAGCAUGAUUUCCGUGGGACUGGGAAGCGAAAGCGGAGGGUGGUGCGCCGUUCAGGAACUGAGGGGAACUAACUAACCUUACCGGUUAACAACCUGUAGCCUCCGCCGCUGCCUCCGCUGGGAUCCCGGUAACUUCUCUCCGCCUCCCAGCUUCCCUUUUUUUGGAUUAUUGUUUUUUUUAUUAUUAUUAUAAGUCUCUGUCGGAGAGGACGGGAAGCGGCUCGAGUUGAACCCGGUUUGAAGGGCUGUGGCCAUGGCCGGGGGAGGAGGCGGAGGGGUUUCUCCGCUGGGGCCCGCUCCGCCGAUGUGGUACCACCGGGACCUGAGCCGAGCUGCGGCCGAGGAGCUGCUCGCCCGAGCGGGGAGAGACGGCAGCUUUCUGGUGCGGGACAGCGAGAGUGUCAACGGAGCUUACGCUUUGUGUGUGCUGUUUCAGAAGCACGUCCACACCUACAGAAUCCUUCCAGAUGAUGAGGGUUUUCUGGCCGUGCAGACGUCCCAGGGCGUUCAGCCGAAGCGGUUUAAGACACUACCGGAGCUGGUGUCUCUGUACCUGCAGCCCAACCAGGGCCUGGUCACAACCCUGCUGUACGCCGUGGAGAGGGAGGAAACUGCCGUCACAGACGACAGGGACUAUUCAGAUGGAGAGGAUGAAAAGCCGCCGCUCCCCCCUCGCUCUGCCUCCACCUCCACUCCCCCCGGACCUGAAACGCCUACGGAAAGCACUCCUGCAGCUAACGGUCUCAGCACCAUUUCCCACGAGUACCUGAAGGGCAGCUAUGCAUUGGAUCUCGAGGCCGUCAAACAGGGAGCGUCCUCCCUGCCUCAUCUCAACAAAACACUUGUUGCCUCCUGUAAACGUCUCAAUGGAGAGGUAGAUAAGGUUCUGUCUGGCCUGGAGAUCCUCUCUAAGGUGUUCGAUCAACAGAGUGCGUUUAUGGUCUCCAAGAUGAUACAACAGUCGGUGAAUCAGGGAGGAGACCAGGAGCUGGAGAACUUGGUGACCAAGUUGGCUAUUCUUAAAGAUCUGCUGUCCUCCAUAGAGAAGAAGGCUUUGAAAGCUCUGCAGGACAUGAGUCUGUCCUCACCGUGCGCCCCUCCACCUUUCUCCACGCGAAACAGCAAAGCCAUUCCUGUGCAGGCCUUCGAGGUGAAGCUCGACGUUUACCUGGCAGAGCUGACAAAGAUCGGAAAGAGCCAGAAAUACACUUUGUCUGUGGACGUGGAGGGAGGGAGGCUGGUUGUGAUGAAGAAGGUGAAGGACAACCAGGAGGACUGGAACACCUUUACACACGACAAAAUCCGUCAGCUGAUCAAGUCCCAGAGGGUUCAGAACAAACUGGGCAUUGUGUUCGAGAAGGAGAAAGACAAGAGUCAGAGGAAAGACUUCAUUUUUGCCAGCGCCAAGAAGCGGGAGGCCUUUUGCCAGCUGCUGCAGCUGAUGAAGAACAAACAUUCCAACCAGGAUGAGCCUGACAUGAUUUCCAUCUUUAUAGGCACCUGGAAUAUGGGCUCAGUACCUUCGCCCAAGUCUGUGGCUUCCUGGGUCUUGUGCCGCGGCUUGGGGAAAACUCUGGACGAGAUGACUGUCACCAUCCCUCACGACCUGUAUGUGUUCGGAUCGCAGGAGAACUCUGUGUGCGACCGGGAGUGGGUGGAGUCACUGCGAGCCGUGCUGAAGGAGCAAACAGAGCUGGAUUAUAAACCGAUCGCUGUUCAGACGCUGUGGAACAUCAAACUUGCUGUGUUGGUGAAACCUGAACAUGAAAACAGGAUCAGCCAUGUGGGGAUGUCUAGUGUCAAGACGGGAAUCGCCAACACUCUGGGUAACAAAGGAGCAGUGGGUGUGUCCUUCAUGUUCAACGGGACAUCGUUUGGAUUCGUUAACUGUCAUUUGACAUCAGGGAAUGAGAAGAUUGCAAGGAGAAACCAGAACUACCUUGAUAUCCUACGGCUGCUGUCUUUAGGAGACAAACAGUUGAGCUCCUUUGACAUUUCUCUACGCUUCACACACCUGUUUUGGCUCGGAGACCUCAACUACAGGCUGGAUAUGGACAUUCAGGAGAUUUUAAACUACAUUAACAGGAAGGAAUUUGAGCCUCUGCUGAAAGUGGACCAGCUCAACCUGGAGAGGGAGAAGAAUAAAGUGUUUUUGCGCUUUGCCGAGGAGGAGAUUUCAUUCCCCCCCACCUACCGUUACGAGCGAGGCUCAAGGGACACGUACGUGUGGCAGAAACAGAAAGCCACAGGGAUGAGGACCAACGUGCCGUCGUGGUGCGACCGGAUCCUCUGGAAAUCAUACCCAGAAACACACAUUGUGUGUAAUUCCUACGGCUGUACAGAUGAUAUUGUGACCAGCGAUCAUUCCCCUGUGUUUGCAACUUUUGAGGUCGGAGUGACAUCUCAGUUUGUUUCAAAGAAAGGUCUACCAAAGUCUUCAGAGCAGGCCUACAUCGAGUUUGAGAGCAUUGAAGCCAUCGUAAAGACGGCGAGCCGCACCAAGUUCUUCAUAGAGUUCUACUCUACUUGUCUAGAAGAGUUCAAGAAAAGCUACGAGAACGACAGCCAGAGCAGCGACAACGUGAACUUCCUGCGCGUGGGGUGGUCCAACAAGCAGCUCACCACCCUCAAACCUCUCCUGUCAGAGAUCGAAUACCUGCAGGACCAACAUCUGCUGCUGACCGUCAAGUCAGUGGAUGGAUACGAGUCCUAUGGAGAGUGCGUGUUGGCCCUCAAAUCGAUGAUUGGCUGCACAGCCCAGCAGUUCCACACCUACCUGUCCCACCGAGGAGAAGAAACUGGAAACAUCCGGGGAUCCAUGAGGGUCAGGGUCCCAGCUGAACGGAUGGGCACCAGGGAGCGACUCUAUGAGUGGAUCAGUGUGGACCAAGAUGAGACAAGCGGACCCAAAGGGAAAUCCACCAUUGUGUCCAGAGUUGGACACGAGUAUGUGAAACAGUCUGUGGUUCGUAAACAGCUUGGAGAGCUGGGAAAGGUCAGCGAGGAGGGAGAGAAAAACUCUAAGGAGGAAACGGCUGCGAGACCCAAACAGGACACCCCGGAUGGUGAUUCAUCCGUCGGCAAAAACAGCUUCAACAAUCCUGCCUACUACAUCCUGGAGGGCGUUCCCCACCCCUCAGCUGCUGGCCUUCCACCUGAGCUGCUCCCAUCUCCCACCUCUCCAACCACCCCGGCUGUUAAAGCCCCACCCCCAUCAGCUGUGGCUCGUACCAAACCUCCUUUAGGAACCGCCAUGCCCGCUCACUCCCGCAGAACUGUUGCGGGACACCCAGCCCGCGGAGUCAGCGAGGAGAGCUCCUCGGAGGAUGACGGGGGGGCCGCUCUGGCUCAAGGAGGAGGCGUCGCAGGAACAGUCGGCAACACGCUGAAUCGCCCGCCUCCUGACUUCCCCCCUCCUCCUCUGCCCAAGGGAGCCCUGGAAACCGUCGCCGAGUCUCAAUUCAGCAAGGCUCGUUCUCUUUACCCGGACCUGGCCGAGGUCAGGAUCCCACCAGCCGGACCUGGUGGGCCUCUUGCUCUCGGGGAGGGUUUAAGGCGAGGGGGGGCAGGGGCGCUGGACGAUCAGUCUUGCUCUGUGCUGCAGAUGGCAAAGACUCUGAGUGAAAGCGAGUUUCCUGGGCACCCUCCCCGCGCUCCCUCGGCGCCACCGCCCGUCCGAGUCCCGCCUAUCGGGAUGCUGGAUGCAUGCCGCACCUUCCCACCCAGGAACCCCAUCCCAGAGAGCAUCGCAGAGGACAUGCCAGAGGAGGCACUCUGGGGCAGCAGCAGCUCGUCUCUGUCUGUGGGAGAGUCGUCAGUGGGGGAGUGGCUGCAGAAGCUGGGCCUUGAGAGAUACGAGGAAGGGCUGCUACACAACGGCUGGGAUGAUCUGGAGUUCCUCAGUGACAUCACAGAGGAGGACCUGGAGGAGGCCGGGGUGCUGGAUCCAGCCCAUAAGCGGAUCCUGCUAGAGAGCCUCAAGCAGCAACAGCAGCAGAAAUAAACUGGAGUAAAGCCACAUCUGAUCCUAAGAGGCCAGAUCUCAACUGAAAAAGAACCGAUCCGAUCCAAGUUGGAACCUGCUAACUAAUGCCAGACAGUGCCUUCUGAGAAAAUUGCACUUCAUUUAUACUUUCAAGAACACUUUCUGACCCAAUGUCCUCCUUCAUUUGUACUGUAUGAGUGUUGUUUGUGUCAUAGAUGUGGCCUUAUUUAAUCAUUGCAGUCCUUUGAGCAUCACUACAGAACCCCUCGCUGUAAAUGCAGUUAGAUCAUCGUUUUUAGAAGGUUCUAAAGGUAAAGUUGGUGCACAGGGCGGUGCAACCUUUGCUGCGACGUUAGACCUAACCUUUAACUGCAAGAUAUUUCAAGUACAUUUUGUUGUUUCUGGAUUCUUGAUGAGGAUUCAUUCAAGCUGGGCAGAUUUCAAAUGUCCAAAGAAAUCAAAGUUAGAGAAGAGCCGUCUAGUAGGUUCUGUGACUGGAGCGAACAGGAUGUAGCGACAGAGAUGAAGCUAGUCAGCAGAAUUUCAAAUAAUAAGAACUCACUUUUUUAUUUCUUUUGUUUUUUUGUCAGAUCGUAUAUUUUGUAAGGAUGUCUGGGCCAUAGAUUGUUUGAUUUAUGGCGCCUCUGCAUGUAUUUAUAAAGGGAAUUUUCAGCUAACCAAAUAGAAAGGUUUGGAGCUGAAAACUAUAUAUUCACCUCAAAGCAGCAUUUUUGUCUUUCUGAAAAGAAAAGAUUUAAUAAACCAUAACAAAGCUGUUUGUAUGGUAAUAUGGUUUAAAGCUGAUUUUAUGUUUGUCAUAACUGGAGAUGAUUCUGUGUUUUUAGACCAUAUUUUGUACUCUUGUGGAAAUGUUUCCCCCUUCAAACACAUUGCUGUGCUUGUGUUUCCUCAUUUAACCAGUAGGGGGUGCUGUUUCUCUCUAACCAAGCCUCGGUUUUGGCUCAUCCUGGAAACUUGAGGAACAAAAUUUUUACUUGCUGGCCAAUGGUUUCCUUUUAUUUCCAAUUUUUUUAAUAAGAGCACACUAAAAAAUCUACAGUUAUAUUGACACCUUACAGUGAAACUAUUAGAAGGUAAACUGUAUAUGUUUAUUUUGAUGUACAAAUCGAGUCUGGAUAUUUGUCGGUAGAAAAAGAUGACCAGUUUGUUUUAAUUUUUUUGUUGCCCAUUUAUUUCAA